CUGAUAACUGUUUCUCAGUUCCACUUUUUAUUUUAUGCGUCAAGACCGUUGCCAAACACAUUCGCUCUGAUUGGAGUGUUGUGGGUCUACCAAUUAUGGCUCGAUAACGACUGGCCUCGAGGCGUGCGUGUGGCAACCGUAUUCGCCGCACUGUUUCGAUGUGAGCUCAUCGUUCUAUUUGCGCCAAUAUUCAUCGUACCAUUGUUGAGUGGUGUUUUACCCAUACUCGGACGAAAGGGUGCUCUCUACAACGGGAUUCUGGCGCUUUCGGUAGCCCUAGCAGUUACGAUACCAGUUGAUUCACUUCUAUGGAGGCGCUGGCUUUGGCCUGAAGGCGAAGUCUGGUGGUUCAACGUUAUGUUAAACAGGAGCAGCGAAUACGGGGUGAUGCCGUUCCUUUGGUAUUUCUAUUCAGUUCUACCCCGAGCACUUUUGUUAUCAUUACUGCUGGUGCCAGUUGGCCUUAUUGUUGAACGACGAUUGCUCGGAAUCACCGUACCAAUAAUUUUCUAUAUAGUCGCAUAUUCAUUUCUACCGCAUAAAGAACUUCGCUUCGUCAUUUACACAUUUCCAAUACUGAACAUCCCUGCUGCAGCGUUUUGUGCACGAUUGUGGAUAAAUCGUCAUAAGUCACUGCUACGACGUUUGAUUGCUCUCGGUGUUUGUGCGCAUUUGUUGGCCAAUUGCAUUGCGACGUCGGUUUUGCUGUAUGCAAGUUCGAGGAAUUAUGCUGGUGGUGAUGCGAUCGCGUACUUACAGAAGAAACCAGAUAUGAAUUGA